AUGGCUAAGCAUACGCUCUAUUACGAUUCCCCGGCCGACCUCUGGGAGGAUGCUCUCCCCAUCGGCAACGGCCGCCUCGGCGCCAUGGUCCGGGGCACCACAGAUGUCGAGCGCCUGUGGGUGAAUGAAGACUCUGUGUGGUACGGCGGUCCUCAGAACCGCGUCAACCCGGCCGCUCGUGAGAGCCUACCUGCUAUCCGAAAGCUCAUAGACGAGAACCGCAUUGUCGAGGCGGAGCAGCUGGUCCGCAAGACAUUCACAGGCAUGCCACAGUCCUUGAGGCACUACGAACCCAUGGGAGAUGUGUAUCUCACUUUCGGGCACGGCACUGACCCUCCGGGACCGUAUGUGCGGACGACAGGCAUUGCCGUCUUUGAUAACCAGCUCACGGGCGAUGCUACCAAGUCACCACAGGAUUACAGGCGGGAGCUAGACCUGCGAGCGGGUGUGGUGAGCGUGUCGUACAACUACGAUGGCGCAGAAUAUUCGAGGCAGGUCUUUUCAAGCGUCGAGGACCAGGUCAUCUGCGCUAGUGUCCAGUCGAACAAGGAUUUCAAAUUCACCAUCAACCUGAGUCGCGGUGAUCAUCCUGAAUGGGACAGGGCAAUCAACAGAACUUUUGACUCACUGGAGUGGAUCGAGGAUGGGCAUGUGCUUGCUGGUCAGAUGGGCGGCAAGGGCGCGAUCACAUUCGCCAUGGGCGUGCGGGUGGUUAUUGAGGGUGGCCAGGGCAGUGUUGAUGCCAAGGGCUUUGAGAUUGAGGUCUCAGUCAAAGCUGGUGCCAGAGCUCUCGUUUUCGUCUCCGGAGAGACAACCUACCGUAACCCGGACGCAGUUGCCGCCGUCCAGGUACGGCUUGAUGCGGCCACGAGGAAAUCUUGGUCCGACUUGUUGUCGGCACACACCAAGCGCUUCUCUGAGCUGUACAACCGUGUUGAGCUCAAGUUGCCCACUGAAGAGGACAAGUCUGCAAUCCCUACCAACAAGCGCCUCGCGGCCGUCAAAGCUGGCGCCAUCGACAACGGCCUAUCCUCCCUUCUCUUCCACUACGGUCGAUACCUUCUCAUAUCCUCUUCUCUCUCCGGCCUUCCCGCCAAUCUCCAGGGUAUCUGGAACGCCGACGCUAUGCCCGUCUGGGGAUCCAAGUACACGAUCAACAUCAACAUUCAGAUGAACUACUGGCCCGCCGAGGUGACAAACCUCUCCGAGUGCCACGACGCCCUCUUCGACUUCAUGGAGCAGCGCCUCGUUAAGCGCGGCGAAGAGGUCGCCAAGGCGAUGUACGGCUGCCGCGGCUGGGUCGCGCACCACAACACGGACCUCUGGGGCGACGCGGCGCCGCAGGAUAGCACUGUCUGCGCGACGUACUGGAACCUCGCCGGCGCCUGGUUUUGCACGCACAUGUGGGAGCGCUACCUCUUCACGCGCGACGAAGAGUUCCUACGCCGAGCCUUCCCCAUCAUGCGCGGCUCGGCCCUCUUCUUCCAGGAUUUCCUGGUCGAGUGCGGAGGCAAGCUGGUAACCUCGCCGAGCCUGUCGGCCGAGAACACGUACUACAUCCCCGGUACGCAGACGCCGGCGUCGCUGUGCGCCGGCCCGGCCUGGGAUGCGCAGAUCCUGACCGAGCUCUUUGGUGCCUGCGUCCAGGCGGCCCGGAUCCUGGGCGAGGAGACGGGCGAGCUCGAGACCGUGCUGGCGAAGCUCCCGGAGCCGCAGGUCAGCAAGCACGGCUCCAUCAUGGAGUGGAAGGACGACGUGGACGAGGUCGAGAUCGGGCACCGGCACGUCUCGCACCUGUGGGGCCUGUUCCCCGGCACGUCGAUCCGCGGGAAGGAGCUGCGCGCCGCGGCCAGGAAGACGCUCGAGCGCAGGAUGUCUGGCGGCGGCGGACACACGGGCUGGAGCCUGGCGUGGAUCCUGUGCCUGUACGCGCGGCUGCGCGACGCCGAGGCGGCCCAGAGGGGCGUGCAGAAGAUGCUCGGCGGCGCCGUGCUCAAGAGCCUGCUGGCGAACCACCCGCCGUUCCAGAUCGACGGCAAUUUUGGUUACGCGGCGGCCGUGGCGGAGAUGCUGCUGCAGAGCCACGAUGGUGACUUCAUCGAUCUGCUGCCGUGUCUGCUGCCAUGCUGGGAGAAGGAGGGCAGCGUGACAGGGCUGAAGGCCAGAGGUGGCAUGGAGGUUGAGAAACUUAGCUGGCGCGAGGGUAAGAUCGUCGAGGCGCUGGUCAAAUCUCAGGUUGAUCAGACAAGGACGUUUCGCGUUGCAUCUGAGAGAUUGCAGUCUGGUAGCGGGGAGCGUCGCGUGGAGCUCAAGGCUGGUCAGACAGUCGAUCUAACCGGUGCUUGGUAG